AUGUCUAUUUUAGCAUUGUUUGAGGGCAAAGGAAGUGAUCGAGGACAAAUUGGGAUGGCCACAUUUGAUUUAAAAUCUUCAGAACUUGUACUUUGCCAAUUUGUUGAUACAAGUUCUUAUUCUUUGCUUAAAAUUAGAUUGAGUCUUUGCGAGCCGUUGGAGAUUAUUUUGCCUGACGAUAAAGAAAAAACUUCCUCAAAAGUCUUCAUUAUGGAUUUACUUCAAGACACCUGCAAAAGAGCAAACAUUGUCCCAAUUCAACGAAAAUGCUUUAAUGAUGCUUUGGGCAUUGAAUUGUUGAAGAAAAUAUUUUUGGAAGAAUGCUCUAAUUUGGAUGCUUCUGUUUAUCAAAGGUAUUUUUGUAUGGGAGCUGUUGCUGCUUUAAUUAAAUAUGCCGAAAAUGCUCAUAACAUUUUUUGUGCUCAAAAUUCAUUAAAAUGUACGUUUGUUGCAAUGGAAGAUUCCUGUAUGAUUGAUGUGAGUAGCUGGAAAAGUCUAGAUUUAAUCCAAAUUGAUUCAAAACCAAAAAAGGGCGUUAUAAAUUCACUUUUUGAUGUAAUCAAUUCGUGUGUUACUCCAGGAGGGACAAAAACUUUAAGAAGCUAUUUAUUACAACCAUCAGCAAAUUGUCAAACAAUUAAUAAAAGAUUGGAUAUUGUGGAGGAAUUGGUAUUGAAUCAAUCGAUGUGUAGCAAAAUUCGAGCAGUACUUUCAACCUUAUCCGAUCUUCAAUAUAUGAUUUCAAUGUUUUCUUAUACAAAUUUGUCUAAUAAUAAUUUAGGAAAAGAGGAUUCUAAACGAAUAAUUAGAAAUAAAAUUGGGCAGGCAGUUUCUCUAAAAAAUAUGCUGGAUGCUGUUGAAAAACUUGGUUUUAUUAUGUCACAAUCUAGUCUGUCUUUUUUUGUUGAAAAUAAAAUGAAAUUAACAGAUUGUCGUCUAUCCAAAAUUGGAGAAAUUGUAAAUAAAGUAAUUUCAACAGAAGUUAAUAGUCGAAAAAGAAAGGGGUAUGCCCCGAUAGCAAGAGAUUAUGCAUUAUUUGCUGUAGCAGAAAAACAAAAUGUUUUAUUAGAUAUGGCUAGAAGAGUUUAUCAAGAAUUGGUUGAACGUGUUAUGGGUUUGUUUGUUUUGGUACUUUUCUGUUUUGCCACACCCCACCCAUAUAUUCGCAGGAUAUUACUCAAUUUCACUUAA